AACAAGCCGAGCACUGCUUCGUUCGCGGGUGAGUCCCUGUUUCACUGCAGUUACUCGCUGACACCGACCUGCCGGACUCCACGCGACCGGAGAAAUGAGCUCGUCCUCCCGCCCUUCACAUCGCACUGACGUGAGCGUGUGAAGGCUCUUAAUCUCCACGGACUCACACUCGCACACUUGAAGACGACCAGCAGCGGUCUGCUGUCUUCAAAGCCCGCUUCGCUCGGUGUCGGACAGUCCCGCCCUCAGUCGGGACCAUGGCGGAGAGAAGUGGCCGGCUGAGCUUCCCCGGCAGCGGGGCUCUCAACAGACCGGUGCCCAUGAACCUGUUUGCAACGUGGGAGAUUGACGGAUCGUCCCCGAACUGCAUCCCGAGAUUGUGCAGUCUGACUCUGAAGAAGCUGGUUGUGAUGAGGGAGCUUGAUAAAGAGCUGAUCUCUGUGGUCAUAGCGGUGAAGAUCCAGGGCUCCAAAAGGAUUUUGAGGUCCCAUGAAAUAGUGCUGCCCCCCAGUGGCUCAGUGGAGACUGAUUUGGCGCUCACCUUCUCACUACAGUAUCCGCACUUCUUAAAACGAGAGGGAAACAAGCUGCAGAUUAUGCUCCAGCGGCGAAAGAGAUACAAGAACCGAACGAUCCUGGGCUACAAGACUCUCGCAGUGGGAUCUAUCGACAUGGCAGAGGUGAUGCAGCACCCGACGGAGGGCGGUCAGAUCCUCCCUCUCUGCAGUAACCAGAAGGACAUGCUGGGCAAAGUGGCCGAGAUCUGGAUCUUUUCCCUGUCCAGUCAGCCAAUCGACCACGAGGAGGCAGCGCUGCAGGAAGGACAGAAGAUCAAAUGCUCUGACAAUUACUCGGAGGAAGAGUACGAGAGUUUCUCCUCGGAGCAGGAGGCCAGCGACGACGCCGUGCAGGGACAGGAUCUCGAGGAUGACGAGUACGACGUGAGGAAGCCAAAGAAGCAGAGGAGGUCCAUCGUUAGGACGCCGUCCAUCACCAGACAGCAGAACUUUAAGCAGAGGGUGGUGGCUCUUCUGAAGCGCUUCAGAGUCUCAGACGAGGUUCUGGACUCGGAGCAGGACCCAGCAGAACCACCUCAUGAGGUGGAGGAGGAGGAUCUGGACCUGGACAGCGUGGAGUUUGAGAAUCCCAGCGACAGCGGCCCCGAGCUGGACGACGAUGACAGCGUCCUCAGUACACCAAAACCCAAACUCAAGCCAUAUUUCGAGGGUCUCUCUCUCUCCAGCUCACAAACUGAGAUCGGCAGUAUCCACAGCAGCCGGAGCCACCGAGAACCUCCCAGCCCGAUUGACCCAGACAAAACCAAGUGUGGCGGAGCCAAGUUUCCAGAUGACAGCGUGUCUGAUAACGUCUCCUUUGAGCAGCCGGAGGCGGUGACUCCGACCACAGAGCUGGAGAUGGACAACAUGGACACGUUUUUAGAGAGACUGCCGCCAAGUGGCAAAAUGACCAAGACUGAGUCCCUCAUCAUUUCAUCCAACAGGCGUCCGUCUCUCUUCCUCUGCUCUGUUCUCGUUGUCAGGCAGGAACCGAAGUUGGCGGGCAGACGAGGUCGGAGCACGUCGCUGAAGGAGCGGCAGCCCAGCAGGCCGCAGAACGAGAGGGCCAACAGCCUGGACAACGAGCGCUCCCUGGACACACGCUGCCACCUACAGAUCCCUAGAAAGACAGUAUAUGACCAACUAAACCACAUCCUGGUGUCUGAUAACUCCCUUCCUGACAGCAUCAUCCUCAUCAACACAUCCGACUGGCAGGGCCAGUAUCUCUCAGACAUGCUUCAAAACCACCAUCUACCUGUGGUGUGCACCUGCACCACAGCAGACAUCCAAGCUGCGUUCAACACCAUCGUCUCCCGCAUACAGAGAUUUUGUAACUGUAACUCCCAGACGCCCAUUCCCAUAAAGAUAGCCGUGGCUGGAGCUCAGCACUACCUCAGCGCGGUUCUGAGGCUUUUUGUGGACCAUCUCUCCCAUAAAACGCCAGACUGGCUCGGAUACAUGAGGUUCCUCAUCAUCCCUCUUGGUGCGCAUCCUGUCUCUAAAUAUCUCGGCACUAUUGACUAUCGAUACAACAGUUUGUUCCAAGAUGCUGCUUGGAGGGACUUGUUCCACAAGCCAGAAGCUCCUGUUAUUGCUCAGGAGAGUCCAGACGUGGUGUCCAGGGUCACUCAGUACAUGAUGGGAGCCAACGGAGCGCACCAGCUCCCCAUCGCAGAAGCCAUGCUCACCUACAAACAGAAGAGGAAAAAGAGCUUUCAUUUUGAUUUUGCAGUCAGUCUCUCUGUUUCUUCCCUGGGGGGGCGAUGGCAGGUUUCUUCAAGCCCUGAUGAAGACUCAUGUCAGAAAUUCAUCCCUUUUAUUGGAAUGGUGAAAGUCGGCCUCGUUGAGCAGACAUCAGCAGCGUCAGGAGACUCUGACGAUGCGGCACCUCUGGGCUCCUCGCUGCUCUCCUCCACGCCGCCACAAAUAUCACCUGCACUCAAAGAAGCAUCGCCCACCCCACCGUCUUCACCCUCCGUUAACACCAGCUUCUGUGCUUACAGUUCUGGUGGUCAGGUGGAGCUGAUGGGGCUUCAGGUGGACUACUGGGUGGCUCCGACAGAAAGAAAGAAAGAUGUGGAGAAGCGGGACUCCUCCUCCAAAAACACUCUGAAGUGCAAUUUCCGCUCGCUGCAGGUCAGCCGGCUGCCACUGGGGGGCGCUGAGCCAAGCCUCCAGCCCACCAUGUCCAUGACGGUGGUAACCAAGGAGAAAAAUAAGAAGGUCAUCUUCCUGCCAAAAAAGAGCAAAGACAAGGAGGUGGAGUCGAAAAGUCAAGUGAUUGAGGGCAUCAGCCGGCUCAUCUGCACUGCCAAGCACCAGCAGACCAUGCUGAGAGUGCUGAUUGACGGCGUCGAGUGGAACGAUGUCAAGUUUUUCCAGCUGGCAGCUCAGUGGUCCUCACAUGUCAAACAUUUCCCCAUCGGGAUCUUUGGACACACAAAAGGCCCGUACUAGCAGCACCUAAGAGACUGAAACACUGAGGACAGCUACACUUUUCCUUUCCCUUCUUUCUCCCUGGUGCCAACAGUUUUUAACCCCCUCCACUUCACUUUCCCCCCAGCACACUAUUCUUCUUAUUCUUCUCUUCUGCUGUCUUAAUUUAAGCUCCUGCUUUCCACUGUCAUAUUUGUCCGAUUAUUUAAUCUUUUGUGUGUUUUUUUUUAAUUUUCUAUUUAUGUAAAAAAAAAAAAAAAG